AUGUACGGUGUGGCAGGCAGGCAGGCAGGCGAGGCGGAGAGCGAGAGCGAGAGAGAGAGAAGAGAGACAAGAGAGAGAGAGGAAGGCCAUUGGAAGGGCGGCCUGAGCUUGUUGCAGGCGAAGAUUGGGGUUAAGAGAGCGCUAAACCCUGCAGGGCUGGGCAGCCAAACAGGCCAAACAGACCACCGAGCUCCGCCAGCCACUGCAGCACUAACUUGGCGAUGCAGCUGGGGGCAGACGAGUGAUCCCCCCUUUCUUGAUCGCCGCCGUGGGCGCAGAGUUGGCUGGGGGCCGCGUGAAGUGGUCACGAUUAGCCGCCGCCGCCGCCGCCGCUGCGCUGGAGAGGUAACUACUGCGUCGUCGGAGGAUGGCAUCGACGACCUUCUGAAACGAGGGCGGCAGACGUGUAUGAGGAAGAAACAUACGAGGUGGUGGGGGGGCAAUGUUCAAGAUAGUAAGAAGGGAAUCGUCGAUGGCCAAACACCAUCAAAAACUAAGCUUAACCAGCUCUCCGAGUUUCAAAUUGUCUAA